GUAUUGAAGGGAUUGUCGGAAGCAGCUAAAUACUGAAUUAAUUUCUUAUCUUCCUUUAUCUGAAUAUAACGCAACUUAAUAGAUAUAUUUCAUUCUUAUUUUAUCAGUCAACUCAUCGAUCAUGCAUAUACUAUAGUCGUUGUUGAUUGGGUCCGAAGUGUUUGUUUUUUAUUUGGAAAAUGGUAUCAUAGCAUCUUUUUCUAUACAAAAUGGACAAAUCAGCAGAUUCACAGUCUCCACUUCUAGCGAAGCUGGUCGCUAUGGUGACACUCUUCACUAUAUCUACAAUUCUAGGAGCACUUCCCAUGAUGAUAGCUAAGAGAUUCCAGUGGGAAGCCAACGUACAAAACAAUAAAUUCGCUCAAAUUUUACUUUCCAUUGGUGGUGGUGUUCUGAUGUCUACAACUUUCAUCCAUCUACUUCCUGAAGUUAGCGAAAAUGUCGAACGCAUAGAGGAACUCAAGAACCUUCGAUUUCCUCUUGCUGAAACUCUCACAUGCAUUGGUUUCUUUCUUAUCUACCUGGUAGAAGAAACCAUUCAUUUUUAUCUACACAAGCACAAUCGUGAACCUGAAGUAGACAUUAUGAGGAAGAGCGUGUCGAUACUGAGAGGAGAAAUCAAUCCCCAGAAGAAAGAUGACGAUAUGAUUAUCUCCAUAUUCGAUUUGGAGAACCAGAUAAGAGCAAGCAAAGAAAACCAACUAGAAUCUCAUGAUUUCAUAAGGAUAAAGAGAAGUGUUGAUUACUGGCGACCCCAAAGCCGAGAGGACCUUCAUCAGCAACAGCAUAAUCAUCAUCAUCAUAAUCAUGAAGGCCCACAUGCCCAUGACGAUGAACAUAACCAUAUUGUUGGUGACGAAAACUUUCUCGGUAGCAUUCGUGGUUUAAUGGUCGUUUUAGCCCUUUCAGUGCACGAAGUCUUAGAAGGUCUUUCUGUAGGUCUCGAAAGUAAACCAAAGAACGUCUGGUAUAUGUUCGGCGCUGUAGGAGCCCAUAAAUUCAUCAUAGCGUUCUGUGUAGGUGUGGAACUUUUAUCUAGUGGAAUAAAAAGCAGACUUAUCUUCAUUUACGUGUUCACCUUUGCGGUAGUUAGUCCUCUAGGUAUUGCGAUGGGCAUAGCCAUCAGUUCAGAAGGUAUGGGAUCUUCAGAACUGCCAUCAGUUAUUCUACAAGGCUUCGCGACAGGUACCUUGGUUUACGUAAUUUUCUUCGAAAUACUGAAGAAGCAUGAAUCUGAAGGAAAUGGACUUUUUAAAUAUUUAGCAGUUUUAUUCGGAUUCCUGCUCAUGUUUUUCAUCACAAUUCUGAUUUCCGAUGACGAUACAGACUGAAACUAUUUGUAAGAUUCGAAAAUGCUGUAAAUUGAUUCUAUUGAGAGUUUUAUUUUUUUAUUUCUUAUUAAAACUGAUUAUGGUUGAGUUGUUUGUAUGGACCAACGAUAUAAAUAAUUAUUCAAAUUGAUUCAUUUUGGUUAAUAUUCUUCAAGAGAUAGCCUCAAACUAAUAAGUUUGAGGUUAGAGUUUAGAAGAGCUUGAAAAGAGAUAAACGAUUCUCCGACAGUCUUUUUAGUCACUGCUAGUAAUUCGAUAUUGCUAGUGGAAACAGGCGAAUACUUUUAUAUUGCUAUUUUCUGAACAUUCUCAUUGUUUUUCUUAGACUUUUAUGUGUCAGUUAGCAGACUUCCUUUUAAUACAUAGACAAUUUUAAGAGCCAGGCAUUCUGGUGCAUUUUAAUUUGUGAACCAACUAUUAAUUGUGAUGUAUUAAUUUUAUAUGUCGAAUGAUGGAAUAAAGAAAAGAUUCGAAAUUA